CGCGGGCGGGAGCAGCACGGAAGACCGAGGGAAGGACGCUCGCGCCGCCGGAAAGAGCCGCUCUGUUCACUGCGCCGGGACCCGGACAGGAGGGCCGGCGGCAGCUAUGGAGCGGUCUGAGCCGGACGUUGCUUCGGACGACGCCAUGGACUCGUUCCUGGAAAAGUUCCGGAGCCAGCCUUACAGCGGCGGCUUCCACGAGAAUCAGUGGGAGGAGGAAUUCGAAAAGGUUCCCCUGUUUAUGAAGAAAGCACCAUCAGAAAUUGAUCCCAAGGAGAAUCCUGACUUGGCGUGCCUCCAGUCAAUUAUUUUUGAUGAGGAGCGAUCUCCAGAAGAACAAGCCAAGACCUAUAAAGAUGAGGGCAAUGAUUACUUUAAAGAAAAAGACUAUAAAAAAGCUGUGAUUUCUUACACUGAAGGAUUAAAGAAGAAAUGUGCAGAUCCUGAUUUGAAUGCUGUCCUUUAUACCAACCGGGCAGCAGCACAGUACUAUCUGGGCAAUUUUCGUUCUGCUCUCAACGAUGUGACAGCUGCCAGAAAGCUAAAACCCUGCCACCUCAAAGCAAUAGUAAGAGGUGCCUUAUGCCAUCUGGAACUGAAACACUUUGCUGAGGCUGUGAACUGGUGCGAUGAGGGGCUGCAAAUAGAUGCCAAAGAGAAGAAGCUUCUGGAAGUGAGGGCUAAAGCAGACAAGCUGAAGCGAACUGAACAAAGGGAUGUGAGGAAAGCAAAGUUGAAAGAGAAGAAGGAGCAGAAUCAAAAUGAGGCUUUACUCCAGGCUGUUAAGGCUAGGAACAUCAGGCUCUCUCAAGCUGCCUGUGAGGAUGAAGAUUCAGCCUCAGAAGGUCUAGCUGAGCUUUUCUUGGAUGGACUCAGCUCUGAAAACCCCUACGGAGCCAGGCUGAGUCUAGAUGACCAGGGCAGGCUGAGCUGGCCUGUGCUCUUCCUGUACCCGGAGUAUGCCCAGUCAGACUUCAUCUCUGCUUUUCAUGAGGACUCCAGGUUUAUUGAUCAUCUAAUGGUGAUGUUUGGUGAAACACCCUCUUGGGACUUAGAGCAAAAAUACUGCCCUAAUGAUUUGGAGGUCUACUUUGAGGAUGAGGACAGGGCAGAACUAUACCGGGUGCCUCCCAAGAGCACCCUGCUGCAAGUACUGCAGCACCCUAGGUACUUUAUCAAAGCCUUGACACCAACGUUUUUGGUCUGUGUAGGAUCCUCUCCCUUUUGGAAGAAUUAUCUCCGGGAGAGAAAGGUGCACCAGAUAAAGUGACUGAGCCAGGCUGUGGGUGCCAGGCCCCCUAGGUCUGCUCCCUCUCCUGGGAAUGAGCAUGCCUGAAUCAGCUGGACACAUUCCUCAAGUCCAGCACUUUAUUUCUGUCACCUGGGGAUAGUCCUUCCUGCAGCCUUUCUGGCCCAAGUACUGUGCUCCAACUGGUCUUCACUCGCUUCAGUCGCCUUGGUCAUGACGUCCUUGGACUCCAUCUCUGAAGGGACUGUCUGCUGCAGUUAACCACAGCAGCUGACCUGUGAGACUCGCUGCUUGUGGAGACUGACUCAGAAUCCAGUGACACGGUUCUGAACGUUGUAGAGUUAGAGAUUUUGUUCUGCAUUUAUAAAGACUGUACAGACUGAGAUCCUUGGUAUCCCUACAAAGUUUGCCAAUUUUGCUAGGCAGGGUGAUGCACACCUGUAGUCCUAGCUACUCAGGAGGCUGAGGGGGAAGGAUCGCUUGAGCCCUGGAGUUCAAGGCCAGCCUGGGGGACAUAGCAAGACUGCAUCUCUUUCUAAAAAAAAAAAAGGUUGCCAAUUUUCCUGAUCUUUGCAGUAUGGACAAUUGGACCGUGGCCUGUGAAUUCCUCUGCAGUUUUCACAUUUUAGGAUUUUGUGUCUUUUAAACUGGAAAAUCUUUUUGUAUGUUGGGUCAUUGUAUUUUUGUCUACAGUUAUUUGUCCCCCCGCCUCCAGAGGAUUUUAUAUAUCCUUACCCAUAGUUGUGUGACUUCUUGCAGUGCCCACCCCGAGUGUACUUCCCUUCUCCCCAUGCAAAGGGAUGUGAACAGACAUGACCCACACCAUGUCCAGGCAGACGCUUGCAGAGCCAUUGUGUGGUAGGGUCAUGCUGUGCCCGCUGCCUUGAGAACACAUAUCCCACAUGGGAGCUGUUCCUUAGCCUGGGUGCCAAAAUGGCAAGAGCCAAAGCAGCUGGCCUGCAGCCAUUGAGUGUCACAUGAACGAGAAAGAAAUGUUUGCUGUUGUGAGCCCUGAGAUUUGGGAGUUGUUUGUUACCAUAGCAGAGCUGCCUAAUACAUUAUUAAACUAAAACCAGCUGCUGUCCUUAA